GACGCCACGUGGCACCCAGAAAACUAUAAAGAACUCCUCUCUUUCUCUCUCCCUUCUUUCGUAAGAAGCCGUGGCGGUGUCCGCCCCAAUUUAAAACCCAUCGAGGAGGACAGCCAGAGGGCUAUCUUUAGUCGGGCUGCGAGUUUUCGAUCGAGAUGACGGAUACGACGGUGAAGUUUGGGCUACUGGUAAGCAUGUUCCAGGCGAUGCUCCGUGACCGGACCGCCGCCAAGAAGCGGAAGCGGUUCCGGACGUUCUUGGACCGGGUCUACACCGGCCGCGAGUACUUCAGCGCCGUCCGCCUCAUCCUUCCGGGCCUCGACCGCGAGCGCGGCACCUACGGCCUCAAGGAGUCCACCCUCGCCACUUGCGUCGUUGACGCCCUCGGCCUUGCCAAAGACUCCCCCGACGCCCUCCGCCUCGUCAAUUGGCGGAAGGGCGGCGCCAGAUCCGGUGCUAAUGCCGGAAAUUUCGCCCUCAUUGCCGCCGAGGUGUUGCAACGUAGGCAGGGGAUGGUUUCUGGCGGACUUACAAUCAGGGAGCUUAACAAUUUGCUUGAUCAAUUGGCAUCAACAGAAAAUAGGGGGGAAAAGGCUGUGAUUCUGUCAAGUCUCAUCAAGAAAACAAAUGCGUUGGAGAUGAAGUGGAUUUUGAUGAUCAUCUUAAAAGAUUUAAAGCUGGGAAUUAGUGAAAAGAGCAUAUUUCAUGAAUUUCAUCCUGAUGCUGAAGAUUUGUUCAAUGUCACCUGUGACCUUAAAUUAGUAUGUGAAAAGCUGAAAGAUCACACUCAACGACAAAAGAAACAGGAUAUAGAAGUCGGAAAACCUGUUAGACCACAGUUGGCUAUGAGAGUCGGUGAUGCAACAACUGCCUGGAAGAAGCUUCAUGGGAAGCAUGUUGUUGUUGAGUGUAAAUUUGAUGGUGACCGCAUUCAAAUCCACAAAAAUGGAGAGGAAAUACACUUUUUUUCAAGGAACUUCCUCGAACACCCUGAGUAUGCACAUGGCAUGUCGAAUGUUAUUGUACAGAACAUACUGGUUCAGAGGUGUAUAUUGGAUGGUGAAAUGCUGGUUUGGGAUAUGGCUACUCAACAUUUUGCAGAAUUUGGUUCAAAUCAAGAGAUAGCAAAGGCAGCAAAGGAAGGAUUGGAGAGCAAUCGCCAGUUGUGCUAUAUUGCUUUUGAUAUUCUCUAUGUCGGAGACACUAGUGUGAUUCAUCAAAGUCUGACGGAGCGACACAGUCUCCUGCAAAAAGUUGUAAAACCCGUGAAGGGACGCCUAGAAAUAUUGGUUCCUGAUGGAGGCAUUAACGAUCAUCGUCCGCCGGGUCAACCUUUCUGGUCUACUGUUGCUUACAAUGUGGAAGAUGUGGAGAGGUUUUUCAAAGACACCAUUGAGAACAGAGAUGAGGGAAUUGUGCUGAAGGACCUUGGGUCCAAAUGGGAACCUGGUGAUCGGAGUGGAAAAUGGCUGAAGCUGAAACCUGAUUAUAUACAUGCCGGUUCAGACCUAGAUGUUCUUAUUAUUGGUGGUUACUUUGGGUCUGGACGUCGAGGAGGAGAGGUAUCUCAGUUUCUAGUAGGUCUUGCGGAGCUUUCAGAUCAUACUAGCUAUCCAAAACGAUUUAUUUCAUUUUGUCGAGUUGGUAGUGGGCUCUCUAAUGAUGAAUUAAAUGCUCUAGUUGCCAAGUUGAAACCUUAUUUCAGGAAAAAUGAGUACCCAAAGAGAGUACCACAUUUUUAUGAAGUUACAAAUAAUUCAAAGGAGAGGCCAGAUGUCUGGAUUGAGAGCCCUGAUAAAUCAAUUGUUAUCUCUAUAACUAGCGACAUCCGAACAGUUAAAUCAGAGGUGUUUGCAGCACCAUAUGGUCUAAGAUUCCCUCGAAUUACUCGGGUGAGAUAUGACAAGCCAUGGUAUGAGUGUCUUGAUGUGCAAUCAUUUAUAGAACUGGUUCAAUCGAGCAAUGGAAAUACACGGAGGGCAGAUGAUGCUGGCUUGCAAAAUGAAAAUCCAAAACACACAAGAAACACAAGGAGAGGAGAGAGGAAGAAGGUGACUGUGGUCCCGGCUCAUUUUAUCCAAACUGACACCUCAGAUGUUAGGGAGGAGACCUUCAUAUUUGCAAACAUGGUGUUUUACUUUGUCAACAUUCCUCCUUCCUACUCUGUGGACUACUUUCACAAAGUAGUGGUUGAAAAUGGGGGAACAUUCUCCAUGAAUCUUAAUGACUCAGUAACUCACUGCAUUGCAGCUGAAAAGAAAGCAGGAAUUAAAUACCAGGCAGCAGUUCACCAUGGAGAUGUCAUUCACUAUUCUUGGGUCUUGGAUUGUUGCAAACAAAAGCGGCUUCUUCAUCUGCAACCUAAGUACUUCCUGUUUUUUGCCGGUCCUUCAAGGAAAAAGAUUCUGGAGGAAUUUGAUGCAUUCUCAGAUCAUUAUUACUGGGAUCUCGACGUCACAGACAUCAAACAGAUAUUCAGCAAUAUUGUUGGAUUAGAAAGUUCCGACAGGGUAGAGUAUUACAGGAAGAAGUACUGUCCAGUGGAAAGUUUGUGCUUAUUUCGAGGUUGUUGCAUUUACUUCUUUAAAGCACUGCCUAUCAUAAAUACCGAUUGCAAGGAAGUAUCAGAGCUUGCAUUGAGGAGAAUGAGACUUGAAAUAACAAUGCAUGCUGGUGAAGUUUGUGACAGCCUUACGCGUGCUACUCAUUUGCUAGUCUAUUCGACAAAUGAAAGCUAUAACUUUGAUCACUUAUAUAAGAGCUUUCCACUUAUACAUAGACAUCUUCUGCAUAGCAAGAAGUUACACAUAGUGAGAUAUCAAUGGCUGGAAGAUUCUGUGAAGAAGGCCAAGAAGCUGCCUGAGGAUCCUUAUAAUUUGAAUCCCGAUUCCUUGGAAGAUCUGGAAGUUGAUAACAGUGAGCAUGGCCUUCCUGCUUCAACCAGUAACAUGGAGAACCAGAGUGUCUCAACAUUGCUUGAUAAAUAUGAAACUGGAAAAAGAGCGAGACCUAUACAAAGAAACACAGGGAAGGGAAAUCCAAGAUCGACUAGACGUAUGCGAGCAAGAAUUGGAAAUCGACCUGCAAAAAUAGAUAGAGAGGAAUCAGUGAGCAGCGAUUCGGCAGUAGUAACUGGUCGAGAAGAAGCUCUGGAGUCGAGAAAAUACAAUAAUAUAAUGGGUGAGGGUGAGAGUGCCAAUGAUAAUACGAGGAUCGAGGGUGAGAGUGCCAAAACAUGUGAAUCACUUGGAGGUACACUUGUUUGGGGUCAGACUGGGUCUGAAGAUAUGCAUCCAGCUGAACUGCACAAAAAGAAAGACAGUGAUGUAGGAUCAGAUAGCAUGCAUGUGAUAGAAGACCGCUUAGGGGAAGGCGAAAAGUUGGAGCAGAUGGUAGAUCCAUUGCAUGCUAUGUUACUAGAUAUGGUACCAAGUCUCAGCCAGAGAAAUGUGGAAGGCGAGAGUUGCAGUCUUGGAGGUGAGAAACAGCAGCAGCAAGAUAUCAAUGCCAAUCCAGUGAAGAAGGUUGAUGGUGAGAAGGAGAAGCUAAACGUUGAUGCAAAUCCAGUAAAGAAGAAGGUGAGUUACAAGGAUGUUGCUGGUCAGCUCCUCGAAGAUUGGUGAUCCUAUUUUGGUAUCUCAUUGUGUGUGCAUUAACGUAGGUUGGCACCAUCACUUGUACAUUAAUUUAUAUGCUUAUUAAUUUAGUUUAUACUAUUUGUUGACUUAUGGAUAAGUCUCUUGCAAACUUAUAGAGUUCCGAGUUUAUGAAUGGAUUUGUUUCGAAUCGAAGUAUGAAACUUCUUUACAGAUCAA